AUGGCGAAUAUUCUAUGUAUCAUAAUAUUUAUGAUAUUUUUAGGAGUGAAAUCUUCUCAGGGUGACAUACAACAUGCACCAUUAUUAGAUGAUAAACAAAACGGUUUAGACAGUGAAGAACCAACAGAAUUUCCAAAUCAAGAAAAAUACGUCCAUGGAGUACAAAGAAAAUUGACAUGCUAUUCGUGUGAAGCAGAUGAAUGUAUAAAACCCGAAUUAUGUUAUGAUGCAGCUGUAUGUUGGAAGUCUACGGUCAGGGAAGUUGACGGUACAGAGAGGGUAAAAAGAGCAUGUACUUCAAUGUCUGAUCAAGUAUUAUUGACAUGUAAUAAAAAGCCUCCCAAUAGUAAAUCAGAAGCUGUAUACAACGUAGAAUGCUGCUUUUCAGAUUUGUGCAAUAAAGGACCGUUUCCAGUUUUAGAACCUUUAAACGACAAUGGAGAAAAGUAUGCAAUUAAACUAGCUCUUUCAAUUAUGGGUUCAAUAAUAGUAGUUUCUAUAAUUAUUGGUGGAAUUAUAUUCUUUACAUUAUUGAGUAAAACGCGAAGAAAACGAUCUUUAGUUCUAAAACGAAAUAAAUUAUUAGUUGAUCCUGAAUUAGAACCUUCGAUGUUACAUUUUCCUUCUUCAUCAUUAACAUCUUCAACCAAUUAUCAUCCACAUGAAUUACGAGCUACUGCAGCGGGAGACAGUACAUUAAAAGAAUACCUAGAUGGUAGGAGCUUAACGAGUGGCUCAGGUUCGGGAUUACCAUUGCUUGUGCAACAGAGUUUUAGACGUGCUGAUAUAUACAGUCUUGGUCUGAUAAUGUGGGAAGUUUGUAGGCGAUGUAUUAGUAAUGGUGUUGCUCUUGACUAUGCUGCUCCAUACUCGGAGUGGCUUUCAAGUAACACACAAGAACCAUCAAUUGAAGAAAUGCGUAAAUUAGUUUCUUAUGAUCAGCGUAGACCGCCUUUACCGAAUCGUUGGCAUUCAGAUCCGACUUUAUCUGGUAUCGGAAAACUCAUGAGAGAAUGUUGGCACGGCAAACCAGCAGCACGAUUACCAAUUCUUCGAGUUAAAAAGACAUUGAUAAAACUAGCAGCCAAUGAUUCUCGUGUUCACUUAACAAUUGACUGA